AUGGCGAGUGUUCAAACUUCAUCCAGCAGACCUUACCAUCUGGUCAUUUUCGGAGCCUCCGGGUUCACGGGACAGUUUGUGGUGGAGGAGGUGGCCCGGACUGCGUCCGAGGGUCCGCGAGGCAAUCUCAAAUGGGCCGUGGCUGGAAGGAGCAAGCAGAAGUUGGAGCAAGUUCUGGAGCAAGCGGCCUCCGUCCUCGGAAAGCCCGAGCUGAGGACCGAAGUGGACAUCAUAGUUGCAGAUGUGGAGGAACCAGACUCUCUGGCGGCCAUGUGCAAGAAGGCUGUCAUUGUCCUCAACUGUGUUGGUCCUUACAGGUUCUUUGGCGAGCCAGUGGUUAAAGCUUGUGUGGAGAAUGGAGCCCAUCACCUUGAUAUCUCAGGAGAACCUCAGUUUCUGGAGGGCAUGCAACUGAACUACCACAACCUGGCAGCUGAAAGGGGCGUGUACAUUAUCGGAAGCUGUGGAUUUGACUCCAUCCCUGCAGACAUGGGGGUGCUGUACACUCGCGAACAGUUCAAGGGUACUCUAACUGCAUUGGAGAGCUUCCUGACCGUCGCUUCUGGGCCUGAAGGUGGAUGCAUCCACGACGGCACGUGGCAGUCGGCCAUCUAUGGCUUUGCUGACAGCCAUAAACUUCAAAGUCUCCGCAGGAAGUUUAACCACAAACCUUUGCCUUCCGUCGGUACGAAGCUUCAACGCAGGGGCGCAUUGUUCUACAGUAAUGAGAUCCAGCAGUACACUGUACCUUUUAUGGGUUCUGAUCCAUCUGUCGUCAAGAGGACACAACGCUUCCUGGUGGAGGAAUAUCAGGACACUCCGGUCCAGUAUGGCGCCUAUGCAGGCAUCGGCGGGAUUGGCAAUGUCAUCAAGUUGAUUUUUGCCGGAAUAAUGUUCUGGUUUUUGGUCAAGUUCAGUUUUGGACGCAACCUUCUCAUUAAGCACCCAGAGUUCUUCUCCUUUGGAAUGUUCUCCAAGGCUGGACCAACUCGCAAGCAGAUGGAAUCGUCCUCAUUUCGCUUUGCUUUCUUCGGAGAGGGUUACACUGAGGGACUAGACCCCACCCAGGGGAAACCUAAUGGCAAGAUUUGCACUUUGGUUCAAGGACCAGAAGCCGGUUACGUGGCCACGCCCAUUGCUUUGGUGCAGGCAGCUCUGACAAUCCUCAAUGAGUCCACAGCCUUGCCUAAGAGUGGAGGAGUGUACACUCCAGGUGCCGCUUUUGCCAAAACCACCCUGAUCAAGCGACUCGACAAACAUGGCAUCAAGUUUUCUGUCAUCUAG